CUUUCCGACGAUGAAGAAGCGCACGGCAGCUGAAGCAUUAUGGUGAAACUGCCGACCGCCAACCUCUGCAGAAAUGCUCACCACUUCAGACCAGUCCCUCUCUGUUCCCCUCACACCCAACCUCCACCUCCACUCUCCAUCCAACCACGGAACAGGUAGUCAGACGCACAUCCAGUCCUCACUAUCCCUACCUGAGCCCGAGGCCUGGAGGAGGCCCAGCCCCGCUGCCCGUCAUGGCCUGGCACAAAGCUCGCGCUCCUGCUCCCUGCAGGUUCCUCACGCCAUCCCUCCUUUCCUGGACAUGCCCCCACGAGCAGCAAGCUUCGACAUGCCUUUUGAUGAGGAAGAGGGCUCGUCCGAUCUCGGUUCAGAGUCCCUGAGCCCCCACUGCAUGCGUCGGCGGCGUGGCGGACUUGUAGAGCAGAAGGACAUCAUCAUGGCCCACCAGGCACACAAGAUCCAGAGCACACCACAGGCCCGCAGGAAGGAGUGGGAAAUGGCUCGGUUUGGGGAUGAGUGCCCACCCGGCGCGGUGGACUCUGGAGAUGGGGAUCCGGAUCGCGCCGGGGACGAUCAGGACGCAUCGGCGGCGGCGGCGGCGGGACUCUCCGCCUCCCAGAAACAAGCCAAGGCGCAGCGGGCUCGGACCAUGGCUCUGUAUAACCCUGUGCCCCACCGGCAGAACUGCCUCACCGUCAACAGGUCACUCUUCAUUUUCGCAGAGGACAAUAUCAUCAGGAAAUACGCGAGGCGGAUCAUCGAGUGGCCGCCCUUUGAGUACAUGAUCUUGGCCACCAUCACUGCCAACUGUGUUGUGUUGGCUUUGGAGCAGCACCUCCCUGGAGAGGACAAGACGCCCAUGGCAAAGAGACUGGAGAAGACAGAGCCAUACUUUAUUGGAAUCUUCUGCUUCGAGGCUGGCAUCAAGCUGGUGGCCCUCGGGUUUGUUUUCCACAAAGGCUCGUACCUGAGGAAUGGCUGGAACGUCAUGGACUUCAUCGUCGUACUCAGCGGAAUCUUGGCCACUGCCGGAGCUCACAUGAACAUCCCAGUGGACCUGCGGACGCUGAGGGCCGUGCGGGUCCUGAGACCCCUCAAACUUGUCUCCGGGAUCCCAAGCCUGCAGAUUGUCCUAAAGUCCAUUAUGAAGGCCAUGAUCCCACUGCUGCAGAUCGGUCUUCUGUUGUUUUUCGCCAUUCUCAUGUUUGCCAUCAUCGGUCUGGAGUUCUACAGCGGGAAGCUUCACCACACCUGUCUGCCAUCUUAUGACAUCCUCGACAAUGAGACCGUUGACUCUUCAGAGCUAGCAUUUGCAUGUGGCGUGAGGAAGUGUCCAGAAAAGUAUGACUGCAACGACACCUGGAUUGGGCCAAACGACGGCAUUACCCAGUUCGACAACAUCCUGUUUGCCGUGCUCACCGUUUUUCAGUGCAUUACCAUGGAAGGAUGGACAGCUGUACUCUAUAAUACCAAUGAUGCCUUGGGUUCGACAUGGAACUGGAUGUACUUUAUUCCACUCAUCAUUAUUGGCUCAUUCUUUGUACUGAACCUGGUGCUGGGAGUCUUGUCUGGAGAAUUUGCCAAAGAGAGAGAAAGGGUGGAGAACAGGAGAGCCUUCAUGAAGUUGCGUCGCCAGCAGCAGGUGGAAAGAGAAUUGAACGGCUAUCGAGCCUGGAUUGACAGGGCAGAGGAGGUGAUGCUGGCAGAAGAGAACAAAAAUUCAGGAAGAUCGCCUUUAGAUGUGCUAAAAAGAGCCAGUAAGAAGACCGGUGCUCGCAGAAGAGCCCCUGGAGAUGAAAAAUAUACAGAUGUUCCUACAGCCAGCAUGUCACGCUCCAGGAUGAACUUCCGCAGCGGCCGCCGUGGUCCUGCCGCCUACCUGCGACGAAAAGAACGCAUGUUACGCAUCUCCAUCCGCCGCAUGGUGAAGACAGACACGUUCUACUUGAUGGUGCUCAGUUUGGUGGCUCUCAACACCAUCUGCGUGGCCAUCGUCCACCACAACCAGCCCGACUGGCUCACCAUCUUCCUCUACUAUGCAGAGUUUGUGUUCCUGGGGCUGUUUUUGGCUGAGAUGUUUUUGAAAAUGUAUGGUCUGGGUUUCCGCCUCUAUUUCCACUCAUCUUUCAACUGCUUUGACUGUGGGGUCAUUGUUGGAAGCAUCUUUGAGGUGGUAUGGGGCUUUUUCCGACCUGGUGUUUCAUUUGGCAUAAGUGUACUGAGAGCAUUGAGACUCUUGAGAAUCUUCAAGAUCACCAAAUACUGGGCAUCUCUCAGGAAUCUGGUGGUGUCCCUCAUGAGCUCCAUGAAGUCCAUCAUCAGCCUGCUUUUUCUUAUUUUCCUUUUUAUUGUGGUGUUUGCACUGCUGGGGAUGCAGCUUUUUGGAGGAAGGUUCAUCUUUGAAGAUUACACUCCCACCAACUUUGACACAUUUCCAGCUGCCAUCAUGACAGUCUUUCAGAUUUUGACUGGUGAGGACUGGAACGAGGUGAUGUAUAAUGGGAUUCGCUCCCAGGGCGGCGUGCAGUACGGCAUGUGGUCAUCCAUUUACUUCAUUGUGCUUACCCUGUUUGGAAACUACACUCUGCUCAAUGUCUUCUUGGCCAUCGCUGUGGACAAUCUGGCCAAUGCUCAGGAACUGACAAAGGAUGAAGAGGAAGAAGAGGAAUUCUUCAACCAGCGAUACGCCAGAGGCAGAGACGGUCUGAUUUCCGAUGGGAGGAGGAGACCCUACCUAUACAGGAAACGGGCGAUCCACCGGGGUCGACCAACCUUUCCAGAUGAGCCAGAGGGUGCAACAGGGGCUGCAGAUGAGCAGCCAUUAAAUGGCUCCAGUGCCUUCGCAAACCGCCGAGAGAGGAGGAGGAAGGUUAACAUGUCGGUGUGGGAGCAGAGGGCCAACCAGCUGCGCAAACGACGACAGAUGGCGAGUCGAGAGGAGCUGUUCAACAGUCCCACAGAGGACACAGUCGAGAUGCCCACUAUCCCCCACCAUGUCCCAGCUCUGUCCCCAGAGGUCAGCCCAGGUCACCUGCCCGAGUCACCCAUGUCUGUCGCCAUACCCCUGCCUGAACCACCCAUGUCUGUAUCCAUCCCCGUGUCACCGCAUCCCGAGCCCUUGGUUAACUUGACUGAGGAGAAAACAGGAGGCGCUAACCACCGGACAACCGGCGGAAGCAGACACAGGAUGGCCCGUAAGUUCAGGCUUUCUCAGGGGCCUGAAGAAGGUGCACGGCACAGACGUCACCGCCACCGUGAGGCUCGUGCUGAAGCCAAAAGCCUGGACUGUAUCCAGCCACCGCAUGAGGUGCCACAAACCAGACGGUCACUCAGCCAAGAAAGGAAGAUGCCUGAAGAGAAGGAGGAAAGAGAGGAGAAAGAGAAAGCAGAGGAAGAGGGAUCCAUCCAGAAUGAUUGUGGAACGUGUAUCCUCAACCCAUAUGCAGAGGUUGGAGAAGACAGCAGGAGAGCUCCAGAUGAAUCCCAGCACUGUGAACAGUUUCCUCGAUCCCUGCUGGACCGCCCCUGGACGGAUCAGGGUGAAGGCGAGCCGCUGUGUCAAAGUGUUCCACUGGAGACCGCUUUAGAGGCCACAGAGUUCACCGUGAGCACCAUCGAAUCCGAGAAACGUAAAGUCUCCAUGAAACGUGACAGGUCCAACCUGGAGGGAAGCGUGGCGAUAGACAUGUCUGCUCAACCUCUGCUGGAGCUCACACCCAUGACAGUGAACAGCAAAGAGUUGGAGGAAUACCAGUCUGAAGAGAAAGAGCAAGAUGAGGAGACGGAAGAGGAGGAACCUCCAAUUCCUCCCAAACCUCCAGCUCCAGACAGCAUGUUCAUCUUCAAGGCCUCGAACCCGAUCCGAAGAAUCUGCCAUUAUGUGGUUAAUAUGCGGUAUUUUGAGAUGACCAUCCUCCUGGUGAUUGUGGCAAGCAGUAUUGCACUAGCUGCUGAGGACCCCGUGUGUACGAAUUCUGAAAGAAAUAAGGUGCUCCGUUACUUUGAUUACGUCUUCACCGGAGUGUUCACAUUUGAAAUGAUCAUUAAGAUGAUCGACCAGGGUCUCAUUCUGCAUGACGGCUCCUAUUUCCGAGACAUGUGGAACAUCCUGGACUUUAUUGUGGUGGUGGGAGCUUUGAUUGCCUUUGCUCUGACCAAUGUGAUGGGGAACAACAAAGGCCGAGACAUCAAGACAAUAAAGUCCCUCAGAGUUUUAAGAGUUCUGCGACCACUGAAAACUAUCAAGAGACUUCCUAAACUCAAGGCUGUGUUUGACUGUGUAGUCACGUCUCUGAAGAACGUCUUCAACAUCCUCAUCGUGUAUCAGCUCUUCAUGUUCAUAUUUGCUGUGAUUGCAGUUCAGCUCUAUAAGGGGAGGUUCUUCUAUUGCACCGACAGCUCCAUGAAUACGGAGAAGGAGUGUCAAGGUUAUUACAUUGACUACAGUAGAGACAAAAAGGAGGUGAAGAGAAGAGAAUGGAAGAGACACGAGUUCCAUUAUGACAAUGUCUGCUGGGCUCUUCUCACACUUUUCACCGUCUCAACUGGAGAAGGAUGGCCUCAGGUGCUCCAGCACUCCACUGAUGUUACAGAGGAAGAUAUGGGUCCAAGUCGAGGAAAUCGGAUGGAGAUGUCUGUUUUCUACGUGGUCUAUUUUGUGGUCUUCCCCUUCUUCUUUGUCAACAUAUUUGUGGCUCUGAUCAUCAUCACUUUCCAGGAACAGGGAGACAAGAUGAUCCAGGAGUGCAGCCUUGAGAAGAAUGAGAGGGCUUGCAUCGACUUUGCCAUCAGCGCCAAGCCGAUGACCCGCUACAUGCCCCAGAACAGACAAACAUUCCAGUACAGACUGUGGCACUUUGUGGCUUCACCCUCUUUUGAGUACACUGUGCUGGUCAUGAUCGCCCUCAACACUGUGGUCCUGAUGAUGAAGUAUCAUUCGGCUCCGACAGCAUAUGACACAGUCCUGAAGCACCUGAACACAGCCUUCACUGUCCUCUUCUCCAUGGAGUGCAUACUCAAGAUCAUGGCGUUUGGUUUUGUGAAUUAUUUCCGAGACACUUGGAACAUUUUUGAUUUCAUCACCGUUCUUGGCAGCAUCACUGAGAUAAUUGUGGAUUUACAGUCGGUGAACACCAUAAAUAUGAGUUUCCUGAAGCUGUUCCGAACAGCCAGACUGAUCAAGCUCCUGAGACAAGGUUACACCAUCCGUAUUCUGCUGUGGACUUUUGUUCAAUCCUUCAAGGCUCUUCCUUAUGUCUGUCUACUCAUCGCGAUGCUUUUCUUCAUAUAUGCCAUCAUCGGAAUGCAAGUGUUUGGAAACAUCAAGCUGAACGAUGAGAGUCACAUCAAUCAGCACAACAAUUUUAAGACAUUUUUUGGCGCCUUGAUGCUCCUCUUCAGGAGUGCCACAGGGGAGUCAUGGCAGGAGAUUAUGCUCUCCUGCCUGUCUGGUCAAGACUGUGAGCCUGAUUCCUCCAUCGCUCCCUUCGUAACGUCGCCAGAUCACGAGGGAGGCUGUGGAACUGACUUUGCGUACUGCUACUUCGUCUCGUUCAUCUUCUUCAGCUCAUUUUUGAUGUUAAACUUGUUUGUGGCUGUGAUCAUGGAUAAUUUUGAGUACCUGACACGAGACUCCUCUAUUCUGGGUCCCCAUCACCUGGAUGAGUUUGUCCGCAUCUGGGGAGAGUACGACCGCUUAGCCUGCGGUCGUAUCCACUACACCGCCAUGUACGAGAUGCUGACCCACAUGUCGCCGCCCCUGGGCCUGGGAAAAAAAUGUCCUGCUAAGAUCGCCUAUAAGAGGUUGGUGUUGAUGAACAUGCCUGUGGAUGAAGACAUGACUGUUCACUUCACCUCUACGCUGAUGUCACUCAUCCGCACGGCUUUGGACAUCAAAAUAGCCAGAGGUGGUGAGGACCGUGCUGCCCUAGAUACAGAACUCCAAAAAGAGAUCAGCAUCAUUUGGCCUUAUCUGCCCCAGAAAACCUUGGACCUACUGGUACCUAUCAACAAAGAUACUGACAUGACGGUCGGGAAGAUCUACGCCUCCAUGAUGAUAAUGGAUUAUUUCAAACAGAACAAAGCCAAGAAGCUCAGGCAGCAACUGGAAGCUCAGAAGAGCAACUUGAUUUUCAAGCGUCUGGAUGCCUCGACUCUUCCUGAGGACAUCCUGUCCAACACGCAGCCGCUGCCUAAGAUGGCUCACAGCGCGGGUUCAGCCCUGACGAGGGGAGGCUUUGUGGCUUUGAGUCCCAUCUCACCCCAGGACCUGUUUUUACAGCCCAUCAACUCAGACAUAGACUCGAGUCAACAGCAGAUUGAGGUUAAGAGUGGAUCCAUGAAGCGUUCUGCCUCCACUGGUUCAGAUCAGCAGGCCAACGGUCUUUGGCAGGAGGAGAAGAGUCCUGAGCGAGUUUAUAGACCUCGUCACAAAAGCUACAAAGCUGCUGUUUCUCGAUCUGAACGGUGGCAGCAGGGUGACAGGGAGCGCGGCCGGUCCAAGGAACGUUGUCACCUUUUGUCUCCAGACACGUCUCGUUGUAACUCAGAAGAAAGGAGUGCAGACAGAGCAGAUGCCCAGGAUAAGCAGGGCAACAGCUCAGACAGUCCAGUGCCCUCCACUUCAGAAUCCAGCACCCCCAGCGGCCGGCGACCCUUAUCUCAGACUCAGACGCGUCCUCAUAUCUCCUACUCGCCACUUGUGUGUGGCACGCACCCCUCUGCGGGUGAGGAUGAGGACGAACAUGGCAGCCCGGAGACCACUAGGCGCAAAAAGACAACUUGGGACAGCAAAGAAGGGGUAAUGGGUGAGACGUGCAGUGAGGCUGGUCAGCACCUGUCCCCAUCUCGGCGCUACCCCUCUGAGCCCUUCCUAGCCUCGCUGGAUGAUGACCAGAGCCCAGACCCUACUGGUCCCAUGGAGACGUUGACCUUCGAAGCUGCUGUGGCCUGCAGCCUGGGACGCUCAAAUACCGUUGGCUCCGCCCACCCACGCUGGCGGACCGGCUGGCAAGUCCCCAACGGGCACUUUAGAAAGCGUUUGGUGCAGACGACCUCUGUGACAGGAUGUGAUCCACUCAGUGAUGCAGAGGAGGAUGACAGGUGCUAGGGACAGGACGUGAAUCCCAGACUGAAAGGUCAUGACUCUUUGUUUUAUUUUGUUUUGGGUUUUUUUGUUUGUUUUUUUUGCUUCGAGUCCACAAGUCCUCUGGAUACAUGAUGUUAAAAAAACUGCAAUGAACAAUACUUCCUGAAACUGUAGUUGCCAAUUCACACAAAAAACGUUUUUUUUGUUUUGUUUUGUUUUCCUAAUUUGUACUUUAUGAUAAGAGUAAUGUCAAAUAGUUGCAGGUUGCAAAUAAUAAAAUGGGUCAAAUUCUACCAGUUUGUUGUCAGUAGGUGUUUUUUUUUUUUUCUGAAGACAUUUCUAAAUUUUGCAGUGUUGCUUUUAACUGUGUUAAUCUGUGAAUAUGUAACUACAUUUUCUUCUCAGUCUUCUUUUGUAAAUACAUGGUGACUAUCAUCAUCAUCACAUACUCUGCUGCCAUUUUUUGAGGAGAUCUUCCCAACUAUCCAUCAAGAAGUAGAUCUGACACUUUAAAGAACAACGUGGAUCCUGAUACACUCAAUAAUGCUGGAUUUUUUUUAUAGUGUGAAUGCUUGUGCAGGGAAAACUGCCUGAUUUUCCACCUCUUUUUUGGCAAUUCCUUUCAUGUGGGACAUAAAUUGUGAACUAUUACUGCAGUAAUGGAGUAUUAUAGAGAAGUGUUUUAUUUUUAUUUUUAAUCCCGCGUUAUUGUGAAGUCAUGUCAAACCUUCAUCAGCCCUCAGACCCUUCAAAUCUGUUUGUUACAGGAUUUUUUUUAACCAGUUAAUAAUACUUAUGUUACUUUUCCUAGUAUAUUUAAUAUUUGAAUCUGAGAAUUGUUGA